AUGAAAGACUCACUCUCGAACUCUCCGCCCAGCAAGCUGCAGAAGGCGAAUACCAUAGGCCAAUUGGACGAUGUAGGCGGAGGAUAUACCUCAGAUUCAGCCGGGAGUUCGAAUGACAGUUUAUUCUUCAGUGAAACGUCGAGAUCGACCAAACGCCAGCGCCAGAUGGCGACGCGGAAGAAGAACUCAAACACGUCAGAGACACCAGAGAAAGGAGGCAAGAAGAGAGUCGCGUCUGCUUCGGCAGCGAGGCAGGAAGUGAUACCAGAGAAGAGGCAGAAGACCGUUGAGCCUGUUGAGCCUGUUGAGCGUGUGGACGAAACUGCGGCUUUGCCCGUCAGAUCAAUGUUUUCCUUUGUUUACAUAUUUUCUGGUUUCGACUACAUAUUUUUUUUCAUAUUCUUUCUAGACCUAACUACCAUGAGAGAAACGCAAAAACACGCUGACAAGAUGAAUAGGAACCCGUUCAAAACCACAGUCCGGUUCAUCAUCGGGCCAGACGAGGAGGAGUUCCAGGUUCACUCGUUUUUGCUGGAAUCUACUGGGCUCUCAGGAUUCUUCGACUUGGGAAAAUCUACAGGUCCAGUCAAGCGUCCGGACCUAGAUUCCAAGGCAUUCACAGACCUGGUGGAAUGGCUGUAUGGCGCCCACAUGCGGCCUGGAGUGGCCGUGGACACGGCUGCAAAGUACAACAAUUUGAUUGAUUUGUACUCUAUUGGCCAGAAAAUGGGAGGAGAAAGCUGGAUGAGGCUGGUCAUGAAGCAGAUGCUCGAACUAUUCGAUCAGACUGGGAGAAAGGUCCCGGCAGAGCUGGCUUCCGUUGUAUACGAGAAAUUCGCCUGGGGAAGCGGAAUGAGACGUCUAUGGGUGACCUUGAACGUCGUUGGCGAGAUGGAGGGAGAGUGUGCCAAUGUUGACUUUCUGCGAGAUGUGAACCGGAUGCAACGAUCCGUGAUACAGAAGGAAAAGAUUGAUAUGGAAAACCUGCUGGAGCCUUUCAGGCAGCAAAAGAAGCCACCGGGCCCAAAACCACAACCCGUUUCUGGAGAGUCAUCAACAUCGCAGAACGGUACGACAGCCCAGCUUGCUAAAGGACUUGUUGAAAAGCAACGCCAGCAACAGGAGAAACAAUCACAGCCGCGGUCACAGCCAGAAACCGCAUCUCAGCUAAACGGAGAAGGGAGGACACAAGCUAGCUCGGCAUCAACACCACAGAGUCAGCGGAGCCAAAAGAGCCGUGGUCUCACUACCUGUGAGGAUCUACUGAGGAAGUUCCAAUCCGGACAACCAAAGGAUGAUGCAGCAUGA